AUGGCAAACACCAUUUACACCCACUACCCACCUGAGCUGGACGGCCAGCAGGAAGCCUUUCUAGUCCAGACGGUCAAGAAUUGGACGGUAGAACAUGCCCUUACAGUCAGACCCUCAGCAGCAAUAGUACCUUCAGAGUUUAAUUCAGGAAACAUGUUGGCUACUAAUGCGCCUGUGACGCUGUUCCCGAGUCCCUUUCCCGAAUCUUGCUUCGACCAGGCUCGAGGCCUUCAACGGGUUUAUAACGAGCUUUAUGCUGCGAUAGCUAGUGAUGAGCAGUGGCUGGAGACUGUUCUGAAGGAGCUCAUCGAGGUCGAUGACUUUCUCGCCAACUUAUGGAAAAUCUACCUCGAUGUCAGGCGAGAAGGCCACGCUCAACAUCUGUCUCUCGGACUAUUUCGAUCCGACUACAUGUUGCACACUCCCGACGACGGCCCAAAAUCCUUGAGGCAGGUCGAAUUUAACACCAUAUCGUCGUCCUUUGGAGGUCUCUCCUGCCGUGUCGCCGAGAUGCAUACACACUUGGCGACGUAUCCAUCACCCCAGCAUCCAAUUGCAUAUCCACCUCACCCUCUGUUCAACAACUCCGAAGACAGCCCGAUCAAAACCACUGGACGUCCGCCCGUCAAUACUGCAAUUUCAACCUUGACAGCAGGCCUCGCGGCCGCUCACCAAGCCUACGGACCAUCAAAAUCCACGCCACAGCUCCCCACUUGCGUCCUCUUCGUAGUCCAAGACACCGAGCGCAAUGUUUUCGACCAGCUGGCCCUGUCAAGCUACUUGCACAAAGAGCACGGCAUCCCGUCUUUCCGCCUCCCAACGAGCAAGAUCACUGCGUACACAACUGUUGCUGGCACUCCCGAGCGCCCAUUGAUCUACACGCCUCCAUCCGAUACGUCAACGCAAUAUGAAGUAACCGUCGUCUACUACCGUGCCUUUUACGCCCCUACAGAUUACACCGACGCCCACGCAUGGGGUGCAAGACACUCCCUCGAGCGCAGUGCAGCCAUCAAAUGCCCCAGCGUUCUCCUCCAACUCGCGGGAUCCAAGAAAGUUCAACAAGUCCUCACGUCUAAACCUCCAGGUCCUUACCAUCUGAAAUCAUUCUUGCCGAAGCACACCGACUCUACACUCGAGAGCCUACGCUCGACGUUUGCUCCGCAAUACUCCCUGUCAUCAUCCGACCCGGCCGUGCCAGCAGAAGGCAUCAAACUCGCUUUGGACCCAGCCACGGCCGCCAAUCACGUCCUCAAGCCCCAGCGCGAAGGUGGAGGGAAUAACAUUUACCGCAGCAAUAUUCCAGGCUUUCUCAAAUCAAUCCCGGAGUCUCAAUGGAAGCAGUACAUCCUGAUGGAGCUGAUCCAUCCUCCGAAAGAUGCUAAGAACUUUGCUUUGCGCAGCGACGGCGCCGCAGCGCUGGGCAACGUGAUUUCUGAACUAGGCAUCUUCGGCACCUGUCUAUGGAGAAACACGCCUGGCAGUACAGCCCCCGAAAUCCUACACAAUACAGAGGGCGGAUAUCUAUUGCGCACAAAGAGCAAAGAGAGCGACGAAGGCGGCGUCGCGGCUGGGUUUAGUUCGUUAGACAGUGUGAUUUUAUACAAAGACUAG